AUGUGGCCGAGAUUGGUAGCUAGUAAGGUCCUAAAGAGAUUGGGGAGCACCAAUUUUGUGGCAGAUUUUCCAAGUGAUGGUUCUGAAGAUUUAUUAGAGAUUCCACAUCAUUUUGAUAAAAAAUCCCACAGUUCUGGUGAUAUAACUUUCAGUGAUCCUCAUGAGGAAACUCAAAACUAUAGUGUUUUUGUUAAUACAUGGAAUGUUGGAGGAGUUGUACCCACUGAUGAUUUCAAUGUGGAUGAUCUGCUCGGCACGUGCCACACCUCAUGUGACAUCUAUGUUUUUGGGUUUCAAGAAGUAGUGCCACUAAGAGCAGCAAAUGUUCUUGGAUUAGAGAGUGGAAGGAUUUCAGCAAAGUGGAAUUCUUUAAUAAGACAAGCUUUGAACAAGAAAGGAAAAGAAAAUACAAAUUCUCCAAAGAAUGGAAAUGCAAAUAUUGGCCAAUUAUUUCCACAAGAAUUCAGUUGUAUUAUCAGUAAACAAAUGGUUGGAAUAUUGAUUUCAGUUUGGGUUCGAAAUGAUUUUCGUUCGUUUAUUCGAUACCCUAGUGUUUCUUGUGUUGGCUGUGGAGUCAUGGGUUGCUUAGGGAACAAGGGUGCAGUAUCAGUUAGAUUUCAAUUACAUCAAACAAGCUUAUGCUUUGUGUGCACUCAUUUAGCUUCUGGUGGUAGAGAAGGAGAUGAGAAAAUUCGCAAUUCAAAUGUUGCUGAAAUAUUUUCAAGAACAACUUUCCCCAAAGGCUCUUCACUUGAAUUGCCAAGAAAAAUUCUUGAUCAUGACCGAGUGAUACUGCUUGGAGAUUUGAACUACAGGAUUUCUUUACCAGAAUCAACUACAAGAAUAUUAGUGGAAAAAGGAGAUUGGAACGCACUCUUGGAAAAUGAUCAGUUGAGGAUGGAGCUCAUGGAUGGACAAGUAUUUGAAGGUUGGCAAGAAGGGAUGAUCAAAUUUGCUCCUACAUACAAAUAUUAUCCAAAUUCGAGUAAUUUUUACUAUGGUAGACCAGAGGUGAAAAGAGGCGAAAAGAAACGUUCUCCUGCAUGGUGUGAUAGAAUAAUAUGGUAUGGUGAAGGGUUAAAAAAACAACUAUAUGCAAGAGGUGAAUCAACAUUAUCAGAUCACAGACCAGUGAAGGCAAUUUUCAGCACACAAGUGAGAGUUUCAAGAAAGUUGAAGAGAUUACAGAGUUUCUUUUUAUCAGAAAGAUUUGAUCAGAUUACAGGCCAACUAGAGAUGCACUCAGAAUAUGUAAUGGAAGAUUAAACCUUCAACUUAAAGAUAAGCAAUAUAUAAUAUACCCCACCUCCCACAUGUACACAAUGUAUAAUAUUGUGUGAUCUUGGUGCUUUUGUAUUUUAAAUCUGAGAUCAAAA